CGACAAGUUCAAUUAAUCUAUCUAUUAUGAUAACCCUCUCCUUCCAGAAACUCGCCCGCUGGAGGUCCUUGCCUCCGGGGUGCGGUAGGCGGAAAGCUCUCCAACCCUCGAGUCCACGAAAAACAUAGAUAACCCUACCGUUUUUGGGGGUCCAGGGGUGGCGACAUCUGCGUCUGCAGCCUGGAAACUUCCACGUUCCCGCAUUGUAUGCCCGCCUGCGGUCUCGUAUAAUCUAAUCUCACGCGGAUCGAAGUACACAGUCCUCCGUACGUGAGUGUGUGUGCGAGUGCCGUUGGAGAUCCCUCUCGCCGCCAGGCGAGGCAGGACAAUACCAGCUGCCUCGCCGCAUGUCUUCCUGUCGGCUGCUCUGGAGGUAAACACAACGGCUGCGGCAUGAUUCUCGACGUUGGAUUCCUUCUGCGAGGUCCAAGAGGAUGGCCAGGACAGGGAGCGUUGCUGGUCUUGGCGUCUGUCUGGUUGAGCGCGGCAUGGGCAGCGCCGCUACGUCGGAAUCCGCCCUGCCGGCGUCAUCUGGGCAACAUCGCCAUGGAGAACUACGGGCUUUUCGAAGGCGACAUCCUACUGCCUGGAAAUAUGACUGACAGGACUGCCGUGACCAGCGAUACUGCCCUGUGGCCUGACGGAGUGAUACCCUUUGUUGUCGAAUCCAGCCUGGGUAGGAACAUAGCCGCCAUCGAAGACGCCAUGAAAGGCAUCGAGUCGCAGACCUGCCUUCGUUUCGUUCCCAGGACCACCGAGCGAGACUACAUCACCCUCUUCAAGGGACCAGGGUGCUACUCGGCCGUCGGGCGCAUGGGCAAUGCCCAGCCCUUAUCCCUGGGCGACGGCUGCGUCUUCCGGGGCACCAUCAUUCACGAGCUGCUCCAUGCCGUGGGCUUCUACCACGAGCACUCGCGCUCGGACAGGGACCAGUACAUCAACGUCUUCCUCCAGAACGUCGAUCCCCGCAGCGUGUCGCAGUUCCAGCGGCUCGAGCCCUGGCAGAAUCGGCUGAUAUCCCCCUUCGACUACGACUCCGUGAUGCUGUACGGCUCCUCGGCAUUUGCCAGGGGCCCCGGCCUCAGCACCAUGCUGGCCAAGGACGGGGCGCGUUUGGCCGAGGUCUUCGACAAGAAGGACAUGGACGCCAGUGACGCCAGGAGGGUCAAUGUGCUCUACCACUGCAGCCUCAACGGACAGUCCAACACCAAAAAUAAGAAGACGAGACCGAGCCUACCCUGAUAUUCGUGCGAAGCCUUCUUCCAAGUCCGUCCCUCAGGGGUUGCCGAUUUACGCUGGUAUACAAAGCGUUGUGACGGGCUGUUUGGAUGCGUAAGGUACCAACAAGGGCUGGCCUCUUGUGCCUUCCUAAAAAUAACAGCGAGCAAUUUUAACCGUCGCAGCUUCCGGUCGACGAAAUGGACUAGAAAAAGUUUUAUGUAGUCGCUGACAAGGUGAGAACGGCAGGGAUGAGCUAAAGUUGUCCCGCCUCUAGCGGUAGCUUUCUACUUUCCACAACGCUUCGGCGCACCUCGGGUGACGCGCUCGCGCAUUCGAAGCACACUGGAAAGCAUGAGGCACGCGCUGGAGGACGGGCGUUAAAAAAACACGCCCUUCCGUUCUCGCUCUGUCAGGAACUAUAACACAACUCAUACAGUUUGUUUGACUAACAGGUUGGAAUGUUUACUCAGGCAAAAUGUUGAACGGUCAAGACAUGCUCAACGAUUAGAAGGAUCGAUAUGCUCUUUUGGCAUCUCGGACUGCUCGGCGAAUCUAAAACAUUAGCUGUAUUACGUUGCCUUUGGCAUGAUGCGGAAAACUAUGGCUAGGUCCGAAAAGUGUUUUGGAAAGAUAGUCCCGAUGCGGAAGUUUGCUCGCUCUACUCUAAACCAAUGUCCCGAUACGUUAGCAUAGCCGGACUAUGUUCCACAAUGCACACAAAGCCUCAACCACGAAGGAAGUGAGAUUGGGCACAAUGGACACGACGUCACAAGUGUAAUGCGAAGAUGUCAUGAUCACUAUACUCAUGGAAAAGUGGUCACGCCACAUGACAGGGAAAAAUAUUGUAUCAGCCCUUUUUCUCACGAAAUGAUUCCAUCAAUCAGUGUGUCGGUAGACGAUACCCGAUAUGCGGAAAAUCGUCCAUCGCUCCGCUUCACAGGGGCAUGUGAUGAAAAAUACAUUUCCGCAGCUGUUCAAUAUUUUUACUCGUAUAUUAUGCUGAAUUCUCUUGCAUCUUCGAAUAUGCUACGGUGUUUUCUUGUCCCUGAUACCUUUCGUACCACAGUUCCAAAACUCGGCUAUCUCUAACGUGAGACUUGGCAAUUUUUUUUUGUCCAAAUAAAGAUCUGUUUUAAAAUCCA